AUGCUUGCAAUUGUUGCAGUCAUGUGCUGCAUUCAAACUGUUGUUGGGUAUUCAAGUGGAGCUGCUACUACACAGUGUGUACAGAUGACUCCACAAUCUCCUCAUGGUUUAAGUCAGGCAACAGCUAGUCCGUAUCAGAUCACAACUAAUGCUUCAUCUGGAUAUGUGCCUGGGCGGACAUAUACAGUGACCAUUUCAAAGAUCAACAGUGCGUCAACACCUGAUUUCAAAGGCUUUUUUUGUCAAGUUCGUCAAGUUGGUUUAACUACUCCCGUUGGAACGUUUGAUGUUGCUGAUGGAAACAAAGCUCAAACCAGAGAUUGUACAUCAACUGCUAGUUCUGUGACACACAAAAACAAGAACACAGUUACUGACUAG